UCAGUCCUGUUCUGUUUUGGUUCUGUGUUGAAGCUCUAACGUGCUGCUGCCUGUUAACUUCUCCAAACUCUGAAAUCUGAUCAAAUCAAGUCCUGCUGCUGCUGCUUCUGCUGCGGAUGGAUACACGAGACGUGUUUUCUUACUUUCUGCAGGAGCGUCUGCCACCAGGUGCACAACCUUAACAAGUCUCCUUCUUACCAUUACAAUAAUAGUCAACAUGAAGUCUGAGAGGGAGGACAUCAUUCUUCAGGCUCUCCUCUUGAUCCACAUCCCUGUGGCCUGCCUCUUCACUGCAGUGUCCGGUCAGGGUGACAGCAGCAGCAGUGUGGUGGUGGCAGGGUAUAAUGUGAGCGCCCCUGCUGGGUCGAAGGUGGUGCUGCAGUGUGUGAGCGGACGCAUGGUGUGGACCCGGGACAGCGUGAGGGACAGGCAGAGGGUGGUCCACUGGGACAUGUACCGGGCCCGUCCAGACUACGCCAUGGAGAGGGUGAUGGACAUGUUUUCUGCAGGCGACCAGAGGGUCUACAACUCCUACAACCAGGGCCGGGUCGGCCUCAGCCCACGAGCCUUCAGGGACGGAAACUUCUCUCUGGUCAUCAAAGACGUGACGAUGAACGACAGAGGUCUGUACUCUUGUAACCUUCAUCAUCUUUACUGCCACCUGUACGAGACAGUCAGAGUCCAGCUCAACGUCACUAAAUCACGUCGUAAACAGCAGCGCUUCUGGGACGGACACAAGGCGGUGUACGUGGUGCUGCUCGGUAGUACCGUGGUGCUGCCGUGCGUCAACCGACGUAACGUGUGGACGGACUGGAGCGAGGAGGAGGAGGACCAGCAGGUGGUCCACUGGGAUCGACAGUCCCCAGGAGUCCGCCACGACCGCGCCGACCGGCUGGUGGACCUGUAUGCCUCUGGGGAGCAGCGUAGCUACGGACCGCUGUUCCUCCAGAGGAAGAUGAACAUCAGCAAUCAGGCCUUCUCAGAGGGAGACUUCUCACUUUCCAUAUCUGGUCUGCAGCCCACAGACCAGGGGAUGUACUCCUGCCACCUCCACCACCACUACUGUGGUCUACAUGAGAGGAGAGAGUUUCACGUCUCAGUGGAAGCACCAGUGAUUCAGGCCACCCUGCCGGCCAAAGCUCUGCCCAGUGGAGACAAAGACGCCACGAAGGCUGAAUCACCGCGAGUCAUCAACGUUAUUCUGCCAGAUCAGAGACACCACUUUCUCCUGCCGCUGGGCUACGUCCUCACCUCCUUCCUCCUCCUGGCAUUCAUCAUCCUCAUCAUCAUCCUCAUCACACGCAGACGAAAAACCAAAGAGUUUUAUCCGCAGCCAUCCACCAGGUCCAGCAGAUGUCAAAGCAGCUCGGAAGAGUUUGAGAUGGACGUUACUGAACUUAACGUGUGCUGUCAGGAGGAGAGAACAUUUGACUAUAAGAACAACCUGCUGAAAGAGAAGGUCCACAGCAACAUUCAGCCGAAAGUCAUUGAUCUUGACAAAGAGAUGGAGAAUUUUUCCAAGUGAGAGUGAAAAGACAAAGUGAGUGAGGAGAAGACAAAUAAAAAGUGACACUGGAGUCACUGGCUGGUCCAGAGGCUCCAAACUGAACACCUCCACACGAGUGACUUCUGUCCAGGGAGGAGAGACAGCGACACGACUAAAUGAUACAGAAAACCAGUAAAAGAAGAAGAAGCUCACAUUGAGGCCUCGUGGUUUCAAAUUGUCAGUAUUAGAAAUUUUGUAUUCUUUAAUUGUACUUGAUCAACCUCAAUAAAAAGGACUUGGACCACAGCACAAUAGCACCACCCAGAGGGGAGUUUAAACCGAGCCUUGACUUUUAAAUGAAUGUGUGCAUACUUUGAAUAAAGUUGUGAUUGAGUGAAUUUGAAUUAUCGGUUAUUACAGCUAUGAUCAUUAUUCCUCAUGUUUUACUCACAUAUCCAUCUUGGCUUCACUGACUGGACUGAAGCGUGACUCUCAGUGUGUACUGCUUCUGUAGACGAUGAUUAACUGAAUGCUAACUGACCAAUGAAGCGGUGUAUGUACAAAUGAUUGAUUUUGAUGCUCAAAAUGUAUUUUUUUGUGGAAGGUUCCUUUUGUACAUGUAAUAAACUUCAAUGUUCAAUGCUGA